AUGGAGAUGGAAGAUGUCCAGUUCGGGGGGGGGGGACCUCGGAGCUCUCAGGGGUCCAACCGUGUGGUAAAAGGGGGCUGUCAAAUCUUCCCGGACGCGAGCGUGCGCUGCCCGCGGCGGCCGCUGGGGGGCGCUGCGCGGGGCCCGGAGCGUGGGAAGCAGCGCGGGCGCGCGGGCGGGCUGAGCUCACGCUCCCGGGCAGCGGCGGCGGCGGCGGCGGCGGCGGCGGCGGCGGGUCCGCAGCGGCUGCGCAUCGCGCUCGGGGGCUGCGAGGCGGGCUGCGCGGUCCCCCGGGAGGGCGGAGGCCGCCGGAGGGGAGCUGCAAGUGACCGAGCAGAGGGACGGCCAGACCGACCGGCCCAGCCAAUCCUGGAGCCGCUGCAGUACUUGUGGUGCAAGGACAGAGAGGAGGGGGCUGCUGGCUCGCAGGCUCGCAGGCUCGCAGGCCCUCCGGGGCCCGGGGCCCCCUUGCCGGUCCCCCGUGGGAAGGGCGGCCUGGCACCUGAGGUGGCGUGGACGGAGGCGGCCGCGGGCCGGGGUGGUGAUGGCGCUGCAGCCCCUCCCUGCUGCCCGGCGUGGGAAGAAGAAAGCAGAGCCAGCAGAUACUGGGUACCAGCCAUGUUAAGUAAGGUUCUGGGAGCUGGGAAGACCGGACCGGGCCUUGACCUUGAAGACAUCGAAAUAGAUGGGAGGAAGGUUCUUGGAGGCUCUGCGUUGGACCUGCCUUCGUCUUCCCACGAGAGACCGGUGUGGCAGUUGAGAUAGGAGCUCGUUGGAGUCAGCCCAGAGAUCGCCGUCCCGUGUCUGGGAGAUCCCGUUCAUUUCGGCCCCCUCCCCACAGCCUUUCCCUGGUGCCCCUCUCCAGGUCACCUCUUGGAGCCUGGUGACCUGAAUUCCUCCGUAGCGCCGGGUCGUGGCCUUGCUGUGACAGCCGACGCUCCCUCUCUUCUCAUUCUGAUUCCCUAGCUAGGCCUUGCAGAGCAGAAUGGACCAACGCACACCCCGUAAGGAGGACAGGCUGGUUGGUUCCACCGGGUCCUGCAGCGUGUUUCCCUUGAUACCUUCGCUUCGUCACUCUUCCAGCCUCACCGCCCCUCUUAGUGCCAGGGCCCCCGGAGAUGCAUUCGCGGAGAGCCUGCCACCAAGCCUCGUUUGUCUGCCUGAGCCUGGCACUCCUCCACUCUGUCAGAACGGGGCUCUCUGGCCUGGAGCUUGUGGGGUGUGUGUGUGUGUGUGUGUGUGUGUGUGUGUGUGUGUGUCUGUGUUGGCUUGGAUGCGGAGGCCGUAUUCAGGAUUCUCGUGGCCAGCCUUCACGGUGUCCUCUUCCACACUUUUGACCUUGGUCCUCCAACCAGAGUUGUGGUGAAACCCCUGGGUAGGAGCAGGAGAAGCCACCCCCCUCCUUACUACCGGACGGCGGCCUAGCAGUUGUGUCACUGCUGGUCGGGGCUGGGAUAGGAAGUGAGGUACUUUGGUGGCGAGAGGAAACCACGUUCUGUGAACCGCGUUGGGGGGUGGGGGUGACUGAGGUUUAUUCCCAUUGCAGCUGGAAAGGAGGAGGCUGGCAGUGGGAGGAGGGAGCAGACAACCCAGAAUAGCAAAGAAGACAGAAGCUAAGCGCACUCAGAGCUGCUUUUAGCUGGUAAUGGUGAGCCUGGCCCUAGGAGUCUUACUUCACACCUCCCUACACACAUUUUCCCCUGAGGCUGGCUCUCUGGCUGUUCUCACCCCCCCCCCCCACAAAAAGAAAAAAAAAAGAUCCUUAUCAAAAGUUCUCUCUAGACCCCCCUCCCCCGGAGGGGGCUCAGGUGGUUAAGCAUCCACCUUCAGCUCUGGUCACCAUCUCAAGGUCCUGGGAUCCGGUCCCACUUUGGGCUCCCUGCUCAGCGGGGAGUCUGCUUCUCCCUCUCCCUCUGUGCUCUCUCAAAUAAAUAAAUCUUUUAAAAAAAAAAAAGUCCUCUCUAAAUACCUUUCAUCUGUAGAACUUAGGGUGACCCCGUCCUCCCUGAGCUUGAACUGAU